GUGUAGUUCUACUGAAUUUACUGAAACUUAGAGUCCAGGGAAUUUUUGUCUCACUCAAACUUGGCCCAGAAUUAACACUAGCACUAGUAGUCACUGAUCAGAUAAAAAUGAUGUUCCACCUUGCUCUUGUUCUUUUUAUUGGGGUCACUGUGGCGGAGCAAGAAAUGAUGGUUGGUGGAUGUGCUGGAACACAACAUGGUUGUUGUCCAGAUUCUACAACAGCUGCUCUAGGGCCUGACCAGCAAGGCUGCCCUCCACCACCUGGUGGAUGUGCUGGGACAGCCUAUGGAUGUUGUUCAGAUAAUGUGACACCAGCAACAGGACCUAACCAGGCAGGUUGUCCAAUCCAACUGCUGGGUGGCUGCAGAGGAACACGAUAUGGCUGCUGUCCUGAUGGGAAAACAUCUGCAAGAGGGCAAAAUAAUAAAGGCUGCCCUAACAUUAAAGUUGGUGGAUGUAAGGGUACCAGGUAUGGUUGCUGUCCUGAUGGAAAGACGGCUGCUGAUGAAAAUAGCAAAAAUUGCUUGAUUGGUGGAUGCGCUGAUACAAGGUAUGGUUGCUGUCCUGAUGGGAAGACAGCUGCUGGUGAAAAUGGCAAAAAUUGCUUGAUUGGUGGAUGUAAGGGUACCAGAUAUGGUUGCUGUCCUGAUGGGAAGACAGCUGCUGGUGAAAAUGGCAAAAAUUGCUUGAUUGGUGGAUGUGCUGGUACCAGGUAUGGUUGCUGUCCUGAUGGGAAGACAGCUGCUGGUGAAAAUGGCAAAAAUUGCUUGAUUGGUGGAUGUAAGGGUACCAGAUAUGGUUGCUGUCCUGAUGGGAAGACAGCUGCUGGUGAAAAUGGCAAAAAUUGCUUGAUUGGUGGAUGUGCUGGUACCAGGUAUGGUUGCUGUCCUGAUGGGAAGACAGCUGCUGGUGAAAAUGGCAAAAAUUGCUUGAUUGGUGGAUGUAAGGGUACCAGGUAUGGUUGCUGUCCUGAUGGGAAGACAGCUGCUACUGGGCCAGAAAAUGCUGGAUGCAAUUAAAUCUUAAUGUUGUUUUAAGAAUAAAAGUCUAAAAUU